GUCCUCCGAGAGGAAGUGUGAGAGAAAGCUAAGGAGGUGGGACGCCUUGAUGCAAAAGGAACUGCUUUGUGUCAGUGCACCUGUGCUUUUAAGUGGAACUUCUUAAGGCUGUUAGAAGAUACGUUUUUAUAUUGGAAAACUCACCUGUGGACAGGUGAAGUGGAAUCAUGGGUGUGAUGUUACUGCUGCUAUUGAUGGUGAUUGGUUGGUGUGGUGGGGCGCCACCGGCGAGAGAGGUGUACAGAAUGCCACAGAGCUCACUUAAAGCGCUGUCUGAUACAGGAACAGUAGUGAUGGAGGCCGCUCUGUCCCGCGCUCUGUCUGCCGUAGACACUGCCGUAUCAGACCGCAGCAAGGCCGAGGCAGGCUGCAGAGGGUGUGUGCCCUGUCUGUUUCAGGACUGUGGACAGCGAAAAGGCGCCUGUGCAUCUCCAAAGGACACAAAGUCAGAGCCGAGCUGUGAGGUCAUAUCUCGCGCCCAGCAGGAAGCUGAUGAAGGAGAGAGGAGCUGGUUGCUGAGUCAGGCCUGUGGCUUCUACAAAUGCCAUUGCACACCUGCACAGGUGAACAGAGACCUGUGCAUCAGAAUCAUGGGAGAGAGCUGCAGCGUUCGGGUCCUGCAGUGCAGUCUACUCAACACCAUGCAGAACCUGGAGCCGGCCACACAAACCACAGCACAGGCUGUGUGUGGCCAGCGUUUCUCUGUCUCGCAAAACCUGACACAGCCUCGUGCUCGUAUCAUGGGGGGAUCUCCUGCUCCUCUGGGCAGCUGGCCAUGGCUGGUGAACCUUCGGCUGGACGGGGCUCUGAUGUGUGGGGGUGUUCUGGUUGACAGCUCUUGGGUCCUCACUGCCGCCCACUGCUUUGCUGGGAGCCGCGGUGAGAGUUACUGGACAGCUGUAGUGGGAGAGUUUGACCUCACAAAAACUGACCCUGAUGAGCAGAUCAUGAAAGUCAGUCGUAUCAUCACUCAUCCGAAGUUUAACCCAAAGACGUUUAAUAAUGACAUUGCUCUGGUGGAGCUGAGUUCUCCAGUAAUUCUGUCUGAACGGGUCACACCUGUCUGCCUGCCCUCUGACCUGGAUCCACCGGCUGGUACACCCUGCUUGGUGGCCGGCUGGGGCUCUUUGUAUGAGGACGGACCCUCUGCAGAUGUGGUGAUGGAGGCGAAGGUGCCCCUGCUGUCUCACACCACCUGUCGCAGUGCACUGGGGAAGGAGCUGCUCACAAACACCAUGUUCUGUGCUGGGUACCUGUCUGGAGGCAUUGACUCAUGCCAGGGGGAUUCUGGAGGGCCGUUGAUCUUCCAGGACCGUUUAUCAGGACGGUUUCAGCUGUUUGGCGUCACCUCUUGGGGGGAUGGCUGUGGGGAGAGGGGAAAGCCUGGCGUUUACACACGGGUCACCGCCUUCUCUGAUUGGGUCAUGACAGAGAUACAGAAGUCCUUUGGGAGUCGGGAGCCCACAUGUCCUGAGCUGCUUAAGACAACUGAGCUGUCUGAAGAACAGCAGAUGUCAGAAUUUACCACGCUCUGCCACUUCUACACACUAUCCUGCUCUUCGACCCUCGACCCCUCUGUCUGCCAGCGUCUCGCUCAGGACAAAUGCCAAAGCCGGUUUAAGAAGUGCCAGUUGCAUUCCUUCCUGCAGACUCUGCUGGAUUUGCUUCAGAGGGCCGAUGACUACAUCAGAGAUAAAGUCGAUCUGACCUUCUUCACUCAGACUCUUCCUCAGUUGGUGGAGAAUGUGUACAGCUCUGCUCAUAUACCACGAAGACGCAGAAGUGCACUUGAAAAAGAGCAGGUAGGCCGGCCAGCACUAUUCCAGCAAGUGGGCCCUCUGGUAGACGACUGGGAGAGCUACCUUACAGGCAUUGCUGAAGAUCUGGAUCAACACAAAGAACUAAAGAACUCACAGGAGCUGUCUCAGGAGCAACAACUCUUCACUCCGGAUGAGGACAGUAAAAAAGCAUCUCUUCAGCAGCUCGACGGAUCACUGCGCUCCUCCAUUGCUGCCCUGCAUUCCAAACUAGAAUCAUUGCGCAUUCCUGUCAUACCAGAAUUGGACUAUCAACUGUUUCAGAGGGAUUUCACCUUUCCCACCACUGGAAAACAACAACAGGAUAAUGGUGCCAAAUCUAGGGAGUCUGUAUUGUCAGCUGACAUUUGGACUGCUCUGAUAUAUAAAGCUCUGAGAGGAAGCGGCACAGGAAGUGUCACAGGACGUCCGGUGAUGACAGCAUCCCCUCGGGAUGAUAUGGAUACAACAUCCAGAUCUGUGGAACCUUCAACACAACCACUGAAACUCAAGAACCAGGAACCUUCUGACUCAAUGCUUGAAAAACAAUCUGUCCCUACCCAGAUGCCCCUGAUUCAACAGCCACUCUUCAGAAAGCUCCUGUGGAGGAGAAAGAGAGAUCUACACAAGCGACAGAAACGAGGAGCCAGUGACAAAGUUUGCUCAGGAGUAACUGAAUCAACUCAGCUGGUCAGCACCACCAAAGAGAUGUACAACUGGAUCCUGUCUGUUUCAUCUAACAGCAUAGACAUGAUCUUCCAGGAGACAGAUCAUACAAGUAUAGAGCAGGUAGGCCGGCCAGCACUAUUCCAGCAAGUGGGCCCUCUGGUAGACGACUGGGAGAGCUACCUUACAGGCAUUGCUGAAGAUCUGGAUCAACACAAAGAACUAAAGAACUCACAGGAGCUGUCUCAGGAGCAACAACUCUUCACUCCGGAUGAGGACAGUAAAAAAGCAUCUCUUCAGCAGCUCGACGGAUCACUGCGCUCCUCCAUUGCUGCCCUGCAUUCCAAACUAGAAUCAUUGCGCAUUCCUGUCAUACCAGAAUUGGACUAUCAACUGUUUCAGAGGGAUUUCACCUUUCCCACCACUGGAAAACAACAACAGGAUAAUGAGGAAGCGGCACAGGAAGUGUCACAGGACGUCCGGUGA